AUGGUCGAGUAUCGCGGAUUGGUCCGAGGGGGACAUCGUCUUGGUCGAGCAGCAGGCCCGAGAUGGCGUCAGGGUGACAAUGUUCAAGUCGCAGCGCAGUGGCGCACCAAUAUGGGCGUGAAGGAGGGAUUGCCGACCAUAGCUGGGCAGCUUCAGAUCAUGAUUCAGAACAUGCUGAGCGAGGACUCCGCCAUGAUCGUCGUCCGCCAAGACCUACCUGUACAGGAGCACCUGAAUUUGGCUGUGCGGCGCUUGAGCGCUCUCGGGCGUGCAGACAUCGGCGGGCUGCUUGGGUUCGAUGCGCAUGCCGAAUCGCUAGAGGAUGUCACACCUGAGUGCCAGCAUCACAGAGACGGGUUGGACAAGAAGGCGGGCCCCAAGACAUUGCCAGGCUGGAAGAUUAAAUGGCAGAAGAUCAAAGAGCAGCGCGCCGGCAGUCGCACACCUGGCGGGUCGAUCAACGACAACGAGGCGGGGGCCAGCCUCGUCAGCAGGGACACGAUGUGCGUCUGCCCCGACCCAGAGCCGAUUGACGUCACGGAGGAGGCCGACCAGUCCAUGAACUCCGCAAGUUUGAUCGGCGGUGGGCGCGAUGGCGUCUUCGCAGAGUUCCAGACGGGCCGGCUUGCCGAGGCAACGUGGGACUGA